AUGGCCGCAUUGGUGCUGAGAGUUUUGCGGGAGCUACCGAAGCGUGUAGAUUUGGCUACAGUCCCGCGGAGAUAUCGCCAUAAGAAGAAAUGGGCUGCCACAGAACCCAAAUUCCCUGCCACUCGACUAGCUCUGCAAAAUUUUGACAUGACCUACAGUGUACAGUUUGGCGAUCUUUGGCCAUCCAUCCGGGCCAGUCUACUCUCAGAGCAGAAGUAUGGUGCACUGGUCAAUAACUUUGCUGCCUGGGAUCAUGUAAUUGCUGAACUGGAGCAGCUGAAUGCCAGCGAUUUUGUGAAGGAAGCCUUCUCCCACUGGGAAUUGGAGUCUGAGAUGGGCCAACCUGCAGUGCCAGCCCCAGCUUCCUGGGCCUGCAGUCCGAACCUUCAAUGCUUCACUUUUGCUAGAGGGGAUGUCAGCCGCUUCCCUAAUGCCAGGCUUGGCAGCUUAGGUGUCCUGGAGUACUACCUGAUGGACGCUGCCUCCUUGCUGCCCGUGCUGGCCCUUGGCCUGCAACCUGGGGACACCGUGCUUGACCUGUGUGCUGCCCCUGGGGGAAAGACAUUAGCAUUACUGCAGACUGGCUGUUGCCGCAAUCUUGCUGCCAAUGAUCUUUCCACUUCCCGAACAAGCAGAUUACAGAAGAUUCUUCACAGCUAUGUUCCUGAAGAUAUUAGGGAUGGGAAUCAAGUUCGAGUUACCUCAUGGGAUGGCAGAAAGUGGGGAGAACUGGAAGGGGACACCUAUGACCGGGUGCUGGUGGAUGUACCCUGUACUACAGACCGCCACUCCCUUCAUGAGGAUGAGAACAACAUCUUUCAACGGUCCAGGAAGAAGGAGAGGCAGAUAUUGCCUCUACUGCAGGUGCAGCUCCUUGCGGCUGGACUCCUUGCCACUAAACCAGGAGGCUACGUUGUCUAUUCUUCCUGUUCACUCUCACAUUUACAGAACGACUAUGUGGUGCAAGGCACCAUUGAGCUCCUGGCCAAUCAAUACAACAUUGAGGUUCAGGUUGAAGACCUGAGUCACUUCCGAAAGCUCUUCAUGGACACAUUUUUUUUCUUCCCUUCCUGCCAGGUUGGGGAGCUGGUAAUACCAAACCUUAUGGCCAAUUUUGGGCCUAUGUACUUUUGCAAAUUGCGUAGGCUGACGUAGCAUCAGCCUGUCUCUAAGGCCCUGGUGUAGGAAUAGUGAAACUGAAACCAGUGACAGAAAUGUAUUCUGGAUCCUGACUCCAUCCU